UCUGCACUGACAGAUACAUACUUCCUCUUCCCCUGCUGGUGAAAAUAUUGGCCAACCAGUCUGUCAGAGGAAGAUCACUGUGACAGCACCAACGGCAGCCAACUCAGAGCUGCAUGGUAAUGAUUUACCAUAAGUGUGUAGGCACAUGUACGCACUGCAGGACACAUUUCCUGCCUCCUCCUGUUGCGUAGUGUGACCUGAGGUGUAGAUGAUGUGUGAGUGAGUGGUGUUGUUAGGGGUUUUUGCAGUGGUGCUGAAUAGAUCAGAGAUGGAAGAAGAGCAAGUGUCGAACCAGGAUUCACCCCAAGCCACAGAUGUGAAGAAGGUGCAUGGUAAAUCGGAAACUAAGCGAUACAGUGAGAUAUUCCGAGACUUUGAUAAUCUCGAUUUAUCUUUGAUCUCUUCAACAGGGGACGAUUAUCUGGUGGACAUCGACUCACUGUCCAUCCCAGAAUCCCUCACUGCAGACAGCACAGAGCUCAUAGACCAACAUGAUGUGUCUAGUGAAGAUGCACUUUGUCCUCAGACACGCUCUGAAGCCUGUGAACCAGAUGGAAACCCAUCAGCCCAGGAAGCAGACCUGGCUCUCUGUCGCUGUGGGGAUGGCGUGGAGACGGCGCUGCAGUACGCCAAAAUGUGGUGCCGCUACGCCAAAGACCUGCUGGCCUGGAUGGAGAAGAGGAUCAGCUUGGCUGUGGCACAGGAAGAGGAGCAUGUCAUCCACAAAUCAGAGGGUCAGUGGUUCAGGGGUUUUAACGAGGCAGUGACAGCUUUUAAAAAGGCUCGGCAGCAGUACUUCCAACGCUGCGAUGAGCUAGAAAAGGCAAAAGCUGUCUCUGCUAAAGCUUUGGACGACACAGCUGGAAUCAAAACACUGGACAAGAGGAAGAAGUCUAAAGAUGAAGCGCAGACUAAGGUGCUGGAGGCAGAGCUUCUGUACAGACAGUGUGUGAGCGACGCCAAGAUCCACCAGGAGGAGUUAGUGAAGGUCAAAGAGAGAAUUAUUUCCCACAUCCGCAAGCUCAUCUGUCAGGGAGACACAGUGCUCAAGGAGGCCUUCGUCAACAUGUUUUAUUACCAGCGGCAGCAGACAGAGGCCGUUCCCCUCGGCUACCACAACCUUGAGCUGACCUGCAGGUCCCUGGAGCCCGGCGAGCCGUACCUGCUCUACGUCUUCAGCAAGCCUCGUCUCGAGCAACCUCUCCAAGUCUUCUGCUUCCAGGAAUAUGUUCCUCCGUGCAAAGGGAACAGACGAAAAACCAGCUCCACUCUCAGCUCUCAGCAGGACUCCUCACCUAUGACAGAUGACAGUCCUUACAGAAGACCCAGUGAUGGCAGGAAACCAGGGUACAGUGACAGUGAGAGUUUUGGGGGCAGUUUAGAAUCUCUCUCCAGCCCUGCUCACAGUAACAGGAGGUUACCUAAAGUGGCAUCCACUUUGACUCUGUCAUUAGACGACCCGGACGACCGGGAUGUGGCAUCAGAAUCAGAGUGCAUUGAUGGGCAGCCAUUCAAAGUGCGCAUGCCCUCCCGAGCUGCACUGACACACCGACUCAGGAAAAUGAAGAGCAAGAUGGUGAAAUGCAAACAGUGUGACACCUACAUCGUUGUCAAUGGGGUCGAUUGUGAGGAGUGCGGACUGGCUUUGCAUAGGAAGUGCAUGGAGGUGUGUCAGCUAGAGUGCGAGCAAAGGAGAGGGACCAUCUUCGGAGUGGACCUCUCUCUGCUGCCGCGCGACAGGCCGGACGAGGUGCCCUUCGUGGUGCUGCGCUGCACGUCUGAGAUCGAGAGUCGCGCUCUUUCCAUCCAGGGGGUGUAUCGAGUGAGUGGGUCUAAGCCUCGAGUCCUGAAGCUCUGUCAGGCCUUUGAGGUGCAUAAGGAGCAGGUGGACCUCUCUGACCUCUCACCUCAUGACAUCACAUCCAUCCUUAAGCACUUCUUGAAGGAGCUCCCAGAGCCCUUAAUAACCUUUGACCUGUACAACGACUUCAUUGCUUCGGGGAGGAUCAUUCAGAACCUGAGUGAACGGGAGCAGGCACCAGACACUAAUGAGAUAAUGGACAUCAUUCACAACCUGCAGAAGCUUCUACAGAAACUUCCUCAGUACUGCUACAGCACCUUGCAACAUUUGAUGUCUCACCUACAAAAAGUCUCAGAGUGCUACGAGAACAAGAUGUCCCCCAGCAAUUUGGGUAUUGUGUUUGGGCCAACGCUAUUGCGCCCUCUUGUGUCUACGGACAUGUCAAUGGUUGCUCUGCUGGAGACCAGCUACCAGGCUGCACUUGUGGAGUUCCUCAUCAAACACCAUGACACAGUGUUUGGCCUUCAGCCGAGACCCGUUACGCCGCCUCCACCAGUCCCCACUGCACCUCUCCCAGAAACCCCACCCAGAGCUUCCUGCCACCUGGAUGGGGACAUUUACACCGACCAUAGACAUGAAAACUCCACCAGAGAGCGUCCACGCUCACUAGAAAGUCGAACAAUCAAGAGAGAGUCAAGCGAGGGUUAUAUAUCUGACAAGUCUUCGUCCAAUGAGGCAGUGGACCAGCUCAGCCCUGAAGCCAAUGAGAGAGCAGUCCUGGCUAUGAGGGGGGGGUCGACUGAUCAUCAGGGUGAGCCAGUGGGAGAACCAGACUCUGAUUUGGGGACACAACCACGAUAUCGCUUCACGAGACAGCCUGUGAAGUAUUACCGGCACAACAACCCAGGAACCAGGCUCUCCAACCCAGGUAGUGCAGCCAGACAGUCUCCAACACCAGUGAGGGCAAAUCCAGGGAGCGCCGACAGCAGCCGCAGCUCCUCCCCAGAGCCUGCGGACCAGAGACCUCCCCAAAGGUUAGACGUCCACUUUGAGAACGCUCACCUGCCCCUCCAAUCCGACAUUGCUGCAGAGAGUAAAAUGGAUGUUCCGCUGAGCCCCCGUGAGGUUGUGCAAUACAUGUUGGGACUGGAUUCAACAUUUUCAUCACCUGUUACUGUGACAUCAUCCGGUACGACACAGGGGGCCUGUCAGGAGGUGGCAGCGGCCGGGUGUCAAGCUGCUCUGAACCCAGAUCUGUCCAAAAACAGACAGAGCUCUGGACAGAGUCAGGCUCUCUGUCACUCACCGAAGACUUUUCCUACGGAACACAACCUGUCUGCACCAGCCCAGAAGAUCCUGUCCGGUCUGAAGCUGAGACGUAGCUACUCAGGGAAAGAUGAGCAGCUCUUUGUCUGAGGACAGAUUCUAGAUAUCAACAUUAUUGUUUGUAAUCAGCAUUUAAUGCAUUUAUUAAGAAUAAACUCCUCCUGCAUUUUACACACUGACAGCUCCCUUUUAACAAAAAGUAUAGCUGUUUUCAGGAAAUUACCUCAGUGAUGGUUCCAUUACCAGGAAGGUACCAGGAUGCCACAGCCUUAUUCCCACUAAUCCUCUUUACGAUUUUGAUCUGUUGACCAUCCAGCUGUCUGAUAUCCACAGGGACCAGAGAGAUUCUUGUAUAUAUCAGUUUACUUCUGCAUUUGAAUGUAACAAACAUGAUGCAGGUUAAAAUAUGUAAAUCAGCACAUAUGUUCCAGUUCCUGUUGGUUUUGUCCCAAAUGAUCUUCAAAACACAGAUAACAUCAUGGUGUGUUUUUAAAGUAAAGUGGAUCUUUUUAAUGUUUUAUUGGCUCCACACUGAAAAUAAUAGAAUCCAAGAUAACCCUCUCUGUCAGAAGUGUCUAUGUAUUACUUGGGCUUCACGCACCUUUUCUGUUUCAACACAAGAGGGCGGUAUGUGAGUGUGGAGGGGAAACCUGC